AUGGCGCUGCAAAAUAUCAUUCAACAUUUGCGCGCGCGCUUUGGGAAAUAUGAACGACUUUACGACGAGGAGCACAUUGAGUCGGAAUCACCAUCUUACAAACGAUGCGUCCCCAAACGAUUUGGAUUCCCGCGGUUCAGGAAGCUCACGGUCUAUCUGAUCCUCAUCAACCUCAUCAUUCUCGGAUUCUUAAUUCAUUCCAUUAAACCGCUCAUCACACUUCUCAUACGGAAUAACGAACUUUUCGCAAUUAAUUUCAAUGUCGACCACGCAGCACCGCCAGACGCAUUUCAAAGACCAGAUGGGAAGAAGAUACCGAGGAUUUUACACCAAACAGCGCCGAAUAGCUCGAUUCCGGAAAUUUGGGCAGCGUCGCAGCGGAGUUGUCAAGAAGCGUAUUCUGAUUUUGAAUAUAAGCUUUGGACUGAUGAAGGCGCGAGGGAGUUUUUGAAGGAGGAGUUUCCGUGGUAUCUCGACACUUGGGAUAACUACCCUUUUCCGAUUCAGCGCGCAGAUGCGAUUCGGUAUUUUGUGCUGUACCACUUUGGCGGGAUUUAUAUGGACAUGGACACCUAUUGCAACUCGUCGUUUCCCGUGGAUCAGAUCGAAUCACUACCAGGAAAAGAGCACGCUUUAUUCAAAUCGACAUUACCGACUGGUAUCACGAAUGAUUUUCUCAUCUCGACAGCAAGACAUCCAGCUUUCGCAUCAGCUAUUACAAGACUUGCCAGCUUUCAUCAAUUGACGCGACUCUGGGCGCGUCUCCAACCCUACGCAGCUAUCAUGAUCUCUACAGGCCCUCUCUUUUUGACACUGGCGGUGCAGCAAUAUCUGCUCGGCCAGCCGAUUCUCCCGUCGCCAAACAUACACAUCAUGGACCCCUCUAUGCUAGACGCAUACAUGGCAGACCUCGAAACAGCAACAUGGCAUCGGAGCGACGCUCAAGUCCUCAAGUGGCUCGGCGACAGACCGUGGUCAUGGUUCAGCCUAGGAAUCAUUGGAGUCGUCGCAGGCAUAUACACGUUUAAUUGCGUGCUAUCACGAACCUUUACGACACUUUACCGUAAAUUAUUAUAA